AUGAGCUGCGGACAAUCUUCCUACUACAGCAUCAGCAGCUGCGGGGCGGGCGGGGGCAGCUCCCGCUCCUCCUGCAGCCGCUUCAGCUCCUCUGGCGGCUACAGCGGCGGGGGCAGCUCCGGGGCUUGUGGCCGCGGUGGGGGAGGCAGUUACCGGUCCAGCUGCGGUGGAGGGUCUGGCGGGGGCAUGAGCGGCGGUAGUUUUUGCGGAAGCUUUGGUGGAGGUUCCAGAGGAUUUGGCGGUGGUGGGUCUGGGGGAGGCUUUGGGGGUUCUGGGAUCUACGGAGGUGGCUUUGGAGGUGGGUCUGGAGGAGGCUUUGGGGGGUCUGGAGGAGGCUUUGGGGGCUCUGGAGGAGGCUUUGGGGGCUCUGGAGGAGGCUUUGGGGGUGGUUUCGGUGGCGGGGCUCCAGGCGGCGAUGGUGGUAUCCUGGGUGCUGAUGAGAAGUCCACGAUGCAGGGCCUCAAUUCCAGGCUGGCCACCUACUUGGAAAAGGUGCAGGCACUGGAGGAGGCCAAUGCCGACCUGGAGAGUAAGAUCCGGGCAUGGUAUGAGAAGCAGGAGUCCAAGACCUGCCGGAAAGAUUACUCUGACUACUACGACACCAUCGAGGAUCUCAAGAAGCAGAUUGUGUGUCUCACAGUGAACAACAACAAGACCCUCCUGGACUUGGACAAUACUCGCAUGACCAUGGAUGACUUCAGGAUGAAGUUUGAGAUGGAGCAGAGCCUGCGCCAGAGUGUGGAGGCAGACAUCAACGGCCUGCGCAGGGUGCUGGACGACCUGACCAUGCAGAAGACCGACCUGGAGCUGCAGUUGGAGUCUCUGGAGGAGGAAAAGAAAGCCCUCAAGGAGAACCACGAGGAGGAGAUGAGCCAGCUGACGGGCCAGACCACUGGUGAUGUCUGCGUGGAGAUGAACGCGGCGCCCAGCAGAGACCUCACCAAGAUCCUCAACGACAUGCGCCAGGAGUAUGAGCAGCUCAGUGAGCAGAACCGCAAGGACAUCGAACAAAGAUAUGAGUCUGAGAUGGCGCAGAUCGAGCAGCAGGUGAAGAACAGCGGCGAGGAGAAGGAGUGCAGCACCAAGGAGCUGACCCAGCUGCGGCAAAGCGUGCAGGCGCUGGAGAUCGAGCUGCAGUCCCAGCUGAGCAUGAAAUCGGCCCUGGAGCAGACCUUGGAAGACACGAAGAACCGCUACUGCGGGCAGCUGCAGCAGAUCCAGGACCAGAUCAGAAGCCUGGAGGGGCAGCUGACUGAGAUCCGGGCCGAGACAGAGUGCCAGAACCAGGAGUACAGCCUGCUGCUCUGCAUCAAGACGCGGCUGGAGCAGGAGAUUGAGACCUACCGCAGCCUCCUGCAGGGCGGCCAGGAGGACUUUGAUUCCUGUGGCGCUGAACAAAAGGGCUUUGGAGGCGGGAAAGGAAGUGGAUCUCAAGGUGGAAGUGGAGGCAGUAGCUCUGGAGGAAGCUACGGAGGCCACGGUGGAGGAAGUGGAUCAAGAGGAGGAAGUGGAGGCCAUGGUGGAGGAAGUGGAUCAAGAGGAGGAAGUGGAGGCAGCUAUGGGGGAGGAAGCAGUGGAGGCCAUGGUGGAGGAAGUGGAUCAAGAGGAGGAAGUGGAGGCAGCUAUGGGGGAGGAAGCAGUGGUGGCCACAGUGGAGGAAGUGGAUCAAAAGGAGGAAGUGGAGGCAGCUAUGGGGGAGGAAGCAGUGGUGGCCACGGUGGAGGAAGUGGAGGCAGCUAUGGGGGAGGAAGCAGUGGUGGCCAUAGUGGAGGAAGUGGAUCCAGAGGAGGAAAUAGUGGCAGCUGUGAAGGAGGAAGUGGAUCCAAAGGAGGAAGUGGAUCCGGAGGAGGAAGUAGUAAACCACCCCAGUCCCAGUCCUCUUCCUCGAAAUCUGGCAACUGUGAUGAUACACAAGGCUACUUCAUGCGGUAUUAA